ACCAACAUUCACCACCCGCCACCCCGCGCUCGCCUCCAGCAAUCCAACCAGCUCGUCCCUCCGGCUGGUUAUUUCCGAUUGCUCACAUUUCUCGGAGCCCUUCCCUUCGCCUCUUCACGCACCUACGCCUGACUUACCUGAACGUCGACCCUCGACCCGAGUUCGCCGGCCUCAUCCACUUGCGGGAUAUACGGGACCUGGGCACCAUUCACCUACCCACCAAUCCGCAUCUACCUACACCUGACGAGAUCGUGUGUGUGCGCAGCCGACGCAUACCCGCACCUACACCUCGCACCCCGCCGCAUCCGAAAUCGCACAAGAGUCGUCCACGCGACUGUCACGACGCGACCCGGCGAGACCAGAAUGCGGUCCUCAUUCCUCCCCGUCGUGCGGCCGACGGCCCGUCGCGCGCUCUGCGGCGCCUGCCACCAGCAGCGGCAGCAGCGCGGCUACGCGACGCCGCCCGGCUUCCUCCUCUCCCUCCGCCGCUCCCCUCGGCCCCUCGCCCGCCUAGCGCAAGACCAGCACGCAGCGCAGACGAGACAUCUAUCGGCGUCGCCGUUCCGCGCUAUCGCCGCUCCGGCAUCCGAAGGGGGAGGGGGCAGAGGGCAGGCCCAACCUGAAUCCAAAAAUUCGGAGCCCAGGGCCGACCCCGCACCUCCGCCCCUGUACGAGGUGCCCAAGUACUACGACCUGUUCCCGAAGACGCUGCCUCUGGGGCCGCCGCCGGCGGGGCCCUUCGCGAUCGACGUGCGCGCGCUGCGGAGCGAGUUCCUGGCGCUGCAGGCGACGGCGCACCCGGACCGGUUCCCGAUGGGGGGGGUGGAGCGGCGGGCGGCGGAGGCGCGGUCGGCGCACAUCAACGAGGCGUACCGGACGCUGGGGUCGCCGAUGCACCGGGCGCAGUACCUGCUGCGGCUGCGGGCGUCGCAGCUAGCGGGGUCGUCGUCGUCGUCGUCGUCGGCAUCGGAAUCGGCAUCGGCGGCGGCGGCGGCGGCGGCGGAGGCGGCGCUGGCGAUCGCGGAGGACGAGGCGGGGCGGGUGGAUGACGGGGAGCUGCUGGCGGCGGUGCUGGAGGCGCGCGAGCGCAUCGAGGAGGCGCGGACGCAGCGCGAGGUGGACGCGGCGCAGCGCGAGGCCGAGGACCGCGCGGCCGAGGCCGAGGGCCGGCUCGCCGGCCUGUUCGCGGCCGACCGCCUGCGCGAGGCCGCCGAGACGCUGGUGCGCAUGCGCUACUGGAUCCGGAUCCGCGAGACGGCGCGCCAGUGGGACGUGCGCGAGGCCGAGGGCCACCGGAUGCACGGCGUCGCGUGAGGAAAGCUGAGGGGGGAGGGGGGGGAGGACGGAUACCGGGAAUAGGAAGAAUGAAGAUGUGGAAAUGAGGAGAGAGUGAGGAAAAGAAGGGAAGGAAAAAGAGAGGGAAGGGAAGGGGAGGGGAAAGCGAUAUAUAUGUAAGGGCUUGCCGCACCGGCCGUAGGGUGAAAGCAGGUAGAAGAAGAAGACUUACGAGCGAUGACGAAGCAACACGCGGCGGGCCUCUUCUGGUGGAUUUCGUGUUAUCUCUCUGUCUUUGCCU